AUGGCGCCCAGCAUCCGGAAUCCAGCGGUCGUCGCCCCGGUAAAGACGGUGGAGGCCAUCCGUCAUCACUCGCCUCAGGCUGCCAUUGACGGCGACUCCUAUUGGAAUUGGCCUGCCGAUGUCGUCGACACGGAUCUCAGCGAAAAUUCAGUGCCAGAAUCCUCCGAGACGGAGCACUGUGCUGUCGACACUACUGACAACAAACCUGAUCUAGAGCAAGGCAAGCAAGAUGACACGACUUUUGUGGAUGACGAUGCGUACUGGGCCGAAGAGCCCUGUUGUGAAAACAAGACUGUCGAUGUAGACUAUAGUAUUGACUAUUCCUCCCGCAGCAUUCUGGGCAAGGGCACCAGAACGACCGUUCGCAAAGCCAUUUGUCGUACCACCAACGAUCGAUUCGCCAUCAAGUCCGUCCGUAAGAUCCAUACCAAGGAAGCCUCCAUCCUGAAACAAGAAGCCUCCAUUCUCAGUCAAUUGCGUCACGAGAACAUUGCACAGUGCCAUCGGGUCUACGAAGAUUCCAAGUCCAUUCAUUUGGUCUUGGACCUUUGCAAGGGCAAGGAAGUCUACGAAGAAGUGGCACUGUUGGCCAAACAGAAGAAGACUCUGUCGGAAUCCACAGCGGCAGCUAUUGUGAGACAAGUCUUGCAAGCCGUCGCCUACUGCCACGAUCGAGGCAUUGUCAACAGAGACAUCAAAUUAGAGAACCUCAUGUUCCAGAGCAAAUACAAAAAGUGCAGUCAAGACAAAAUCCGCAUGGUCGAUUUUGGACUGGCCACUCGGAUUAGUAGUGGUACAGGGCAAAUGUUGACGGAAAAGGCGGGCAGUCCCUACUAUGUGGCACCAGAAGUCCUCAACGAAUGCUACAAUGAAAAAUGCGACAUUUGGUCCCUGGGAGUCCUGACGUAUGCACUCCUCUGCGGAGAAGCUCCCUUUGUCGGCGCCAGUACGGCAGAUACCUUGGACAAGAUACGAGCUGCUACCAGCACAGCCGACAUUUUUCAUCAAGCCGUGUGGCACCAUGUGUCCAACGAUGCCAAGGAGUUCAUCCGGGCUUGUCUGGAAAGAGACCUAGACACCCGACCGAGUGCGCAACAACUCACAGAACAUCCUUGGAUCGUUCAUCACCAUCAUCAUGCCAGCAAGAAGAAACAACCAACGAGUCCCAUGUCCAAGUUUCUUCACAAAGCGUUUGGUGGUCAUCGUUGA